UCAUGGCGGCUGAAGAGGCGGAUGUGGAUAUCGAAGGGGACGUGGUGCCAGCUGCGGCACAGCCAGGGAAAACUGGCCCUGAAACUACAGGACUUCAGAGUCAGCAUGGAUAUAGUGGAAGGACUGGAUUUGAAAAGAAGUGAUGAAAGUACAGCAUCUGUUUUACAAGAUCACUAUCUUGAUUCAUCAUGGAGAACUGAGAAUGGUCUUAUUCCUUGGACUCUGGAUAGCACCAUCAGUGAAGAGAACAGAGCUGUCAUUGAGAAGAUGUUGUUGGAAGAAGAGUAUUACUUAUCUAAAAAAUCACUUCCAGAAAAAUUCUGGCUCGAUCAAAAGGAAGAUGAUAAAAAAUACAUGAAGAGUCUACAGAAAACAGCAAAAAUCAUGGCACACUCUCCUACAAAACCAGCCAGUUACUCAGUAAAGUGGACGAUAGAAGAAAAAGAGCUGUUUGAACAAGGGCUGGCUAAAUUUGGCCGGAGGUGGACCAAAAUUGCAAAGCUAAUUGGAAGUCGCACUGUGUUACAAGUUAAGAGUUAUGCCAGGCAGUAUUUUAAAAAUAAGGUAAAAUUAGAUGGUCCAGAGAAGGAAAUGCCAAAUAAGAAGAGCAGCAGUGAUCUUCAGACUAAAAAUGAAGAUGAAGGCACGAAGGCAUGGACGCCAUCAAGUUUAAGGGGACAUGCUGAUCCCAACUUGAAUGCUAUAAAAAUUGAAAAGUUAUCUGAUGAUGAAGAAGUAGACAUCACAGAUGAGGCAGAUGAGUUGACUUCUCAAGCUCCCCAAAAGAAUCCUAGCAAUGAUGUCUUAUUAAACAUUUCUAAUAGUAAAAGUCAUGAAACCAGUCAAGGGGAGUUUAUUGCUUACAAUCAGGAAGAUUCUGUAUCUGAAUCUUCCAAGGAAUAUUUUCAGAAUAUAAAGCAAGGUGAGAUGGAAGCACUUUCAAGUUCAGGAAGUAAAUUUUGGACUGAAAAACAGAGCAUUAGUGACAAAAAAUCAGUUGAAUUAAAUGAUCAGAAAUGUAAUAAACUGAUGAAAAACUCUGAAAAACAUGAUGGAAAUGGAAUAAUAGAUGAAGCCAGGCCAUUGCCUUCUCCAGAGCCUUGUGAAAUUCAGAAAGACUUGUGUGAUAAUGAAAUGCUUUUUCAUUCUUCCUGUCAAAUGGAGGAGGAGAGCCAUGAGGAAGAAGAGCUUAAGCCACCAGAACAAGAAGUAGAAAUAGAUAGAGAUACCAUUCAAGAAGAAGAAAAACAAGCAAUUCCUGAGUUUUUUGAGGGGCGCCAAGCUAAAACACCAGAACGCUAUUUGAAAAUUAGGAAUUACAUUUUGGAUCAGUGGGAGAUAUGCAAACCGAAAUACUUAAAUAAGACCUCAGUACGUCCUGGCCUGAAGAACUGUGGGGAUGUUAAUUGUAUUGGACGGAUUCAUACAUACCUCGAGUUGAUAGGAGCAAUCAAUUUUGGAUGUGAACAGGCUGUAUACAACAGGCCACAACCGGUUGACAAAGUACGAGUCAGAGACCGAAAAGAUACAGUGGAAGCAUACCAGCUUGCACAGCGUCUGCAGUCUGUGCGCACAAGGAGACGUAGGGUCCGAGACCCAUGGGGAAAUUGGUGUGAUGCAAAAGACUUAGAAGGACAAACUUUUGAGCAUCUCUCUGCUGAGGAAUUGGCAAGAAGAAAAGAGGAAAAAUGUAAACCUGUUAAAUCCUCAAAAGUACCAAGACCAACAAAAAGCUCAUUUGAUCCCUUCCAACUGAUACCUUGUAAUUUUUUCAGUGAAGAAAAGCAGGAGCCAUUUCAGGUGAAAGUGGCUUCAGAAGCACUUUUAAUAAUGGAUUUGCAUGCUCAUGUUUCUAUGGCAGAAGUGAUUGGUCUGUUAGGAGGAAGAUACUCAGAAGUUGAUAAAAUAGUUGAAGUCUGUGCAGCAGAGCCAUGUAACAGUCUGAGUACAGGACUACAGUGUGAGAUGGAUCCUGUCUCGCAAACACAGGCCUCAGAGACCUUGGCUGUGAGAGGCUAUAGUGUUAUUGGAUGGUAUCAUUCCCAUCCUGCCUUUGAUCCAAAUCCUUCCUUACGAGAUAUUGACACUCAAGCCAAAUACCAGAGUUACUUCUCCAGAGGCGGUGCAAAAUUCAUUGGAAUGAUCGUUAGUCCUUAUAAUCAAAACAAUCCUUUACCUUAUUCCCAGAUUACCUGCCUGGUUAUAAGUGACGAAAUUAGCUCAGAUGGCUCUUACCGGUUACCUUACAAAUUUGAAGUACAGCAGAUGCUGGAAGAACCUCAGUGGGGAUUAGUGUUUGAAAAGACAAGAUGGAUAAUAGAAAAAUAUCGGCUCUCCCAUAGCAGUGUCCCUAUGGAUAAAAUCUUUCGCCGGGAUUCUGACCUGACUUGUUUGCAGAAACUUUUGGAGUGUCUGAGGAAAACUCUGAGCAAAGUGACUAAUUGCUUCAUUGCUGAAGAAUUCUUAACUCAAAUAGAAAAUUUAUUCCUUUCCAAUUAUAAAAGCAAGCAAGAGAAUGGAGGGACUGAAGAGAACUGUGCUGUGGUCCAAAGGAAUUGUUAAUGUAAUUAUUUUAAAGGAAGACCUUCUGAUUUCGACAUCCUUCUUUGCAAGUAAUAACCUUGAAAGUAUUGUAACUCAGCUAAUGGUGGCACAACUUUAAUAUUUUUUUCUCUAGUCAUCAAAAUCCAAACUUUCCCACAUAAAUCCUGUGACACUUGUUUGCACACAGCGGUUAUCAGAGUGCGGUGUGAAGCAGGGUGUGCCGCAGUCUGCUGUGCCACCAUGGCCAGCAGGCGCUGCAGGGGACUCUGAAGGGCUGUCUGCUCUACUGCUGUAUUCAGGUUGAUAAAUGCAAUGUGUCUCUAGUAUUUAUUUCUCCCCAAACUAGUCAUUCCACUUUUGGUACCUCGUGUCUGUGUCUCAUUAGGAGCACCUCCAUUUUUGCCAUGUCUUCUGGUGAGAUUUUGUCUCUGGUUGCAAAUGAAAUGUGGAUGGAUGGUCACUGAGGUAAUGAACUUGGAUGAGAACUAGUGGCGCAGGAAAUCUAACAACGCACUGCAGGAGGCCAGGGGAGGCCUACGGCCAAAGCCUAACCUAGAGAAGAGACCAACGGAGAGAAUCAGAUUGCCGGUUUUUCAGUUAUAGAUCUUUGUUUCCAUUUUACUUUAUAGCAGUAAUACUAGAGGCUGUGCCAUUGUCUCAGCUAGCUGAAACAUUUAAUAUGGAUUUCAGAUACAUAAAAUAAUUAGCUUCAACUCUAUGUCCACUUGGUAUGUGUGAUAAAACCUCAUUUAAUCCAAACACAGAUAAUCAUAAUUCUCAAACUAGAUUUUCUACUACCUACUAUCAGGAGAAAGAGGCAGAUUUUAAUAAUGCUUAAAUAUUAAAUUGGAGACUUAAUUUUAAAAAGAAGAAAACCUUCUAGGACAUACUGCAUAUCUAGUCCGGUUUCAUAUAUUUUCUAAAUCUAGAACAGAUGUCAGCAAAACUUUUUAUGUAAAGGGACAGUUAGACAAAAACUUAGGCUUUGCAGGUCACAUACUGUCUCUAUCAGACAUUCUUUUUUAUUUUUUUUUUACAAUCCCUAAAAAAUGUAAAGCCAUUCUUACUACUUCAUGAGCCUCACAGAGAAUGGGUUGCUCGCCUUUAUCUUCCAGUCCCCGCUCUAGAGAAUUAUAAACAUUUGUAAUUUAUUUUCAGGUAUGUGAACUUGUGACACUGAAAGGCCUUAUUUACGUCAUCUUCAAACAACAACAAAACUUAGAAUUACGAUUUACAUUUAAAUAUAUUUUCGAGUAAAAUUAGCAAUCAUGCUGCCUCACUUGCACAGAUAGAUUUGAGUUUAUUUCUGUGAGCCAUAGAACGGUUUAUACCCAAACUCCAAGCACUCUUACUAGUAAACAGUUUACACCUUAUCUGGAUAUGGUUCUGUAUUUUUACCUUUUUUGGUUGUAAUCAUUAGCCAUGGAAGAAUAUGGCAGUGUUUGAGGGAGCAGUGAACCAGUUCUAGAUGGCCUGCCUAUGUCUUGACUCAAUCCUGUGACUUCAUGGUGGUGGAGUGCGGGGCAUAGGGAAUAUAAGCUGACUUCUAUCUAAAUUCUUGUGCACCUGAGGGCUAAGUUAUCUUCCUGACAACCUUCCAGGUCUAAAAUGCAUUUCUCUAUAUGUAGGUAGGAUAAAGAAUGAAACAUAACUUAUAACACAGUUACCUUUAUGACUGGGGGAGGUAAGAGCUGCACACCAAACAUUGGGAAACCGGAGUCUUCGUCCUAAUUCUAUUACCAACUUCCCUCUGUGGCAGAGAUAAUGUCAUAUAAUCUGUCUGGGCCCCAGGCUCUUCACCUAUAUAAUCCAUGGGUCUAAAUUUUAUGGCUUUGUUUCUCCUUCCAAAUACAGAAAGUCUGCAAUUCUGUGCAAGGUAGUAAUUGAUUCCUUGGUACUCUUCCUUUUGACACGUUUUUCUCAUUGUAUGUGUGGCACACAUCCUAGAAGUUGGUAUGAAAUAGCUCUCUUGAUUGACAUUUCCCUGCAAUUUUGAUUAAUUUCAGUGAUGGAAAAUAAUGGAAAUUGCUAAAAAUUCUGUUUUCCGAUCUGGGUCCCCUGCAUGCCAGUAGUUAAGAUAUUUACUAACCUAAGCCAUACCGUGAGGAACUCAAAGAUGGUAAUCCUCAGAGGUUACAGUUUGGAGAGCACAAUUUUAUAAGCAAUACUGAGUAUUUUUUUUUUCUGAUGCUAGAGUAUGUUUAUCUCAAAAUAUUUUUUUAAAAAACAGAAACAAAAAUUUAAAUCCUAUUAUCUGGAAAACCACAGGUAAUAUUUUAGUAUAAAUUCUUCCCCCUUUUUUCCCCUGGGCUAUGUCAUUUUAAAGAUUUUAUUUACUUAUUUGAGAGAGAGAGCACACUCGAGAACAUGAAUGGGGGGUGGGGGUGCAGAGGGAGAAGCGGACUCCCUGCUGGGGAGUGCUGAGAUCAUAACCUGAACCCAAGGAAGUCGCUUAACCACCUGAACCACCCAGGUGCCUCUGGACCCGGCAAUUUUAGAAUGUUAAAAUUUGUGGUAUUUUCUUCCUCUCCUCCCUUGUUCAUUCUCUCUGUUUCCUCUUUUCUCUUAACAUAUUCUUAAAACAUUUUUGCCACUGCAGGUGCCCACAUUCCUGUCACUGCCACCUUGGGCUCCUUAGGGUAGUCAGAGCCAGGACCUUGGAGAAGCACAGAAGUCUGGAACUGAGAGGCAGUGUAACAUGGGAGGUUCAGGAGGCAGAGACCCAAAAUAAAACCUACCUUUGAUAAUGUUUACAGGAGUGGAGAUAGGACCUGGAAACAUCCAGAUCUCUUAAUCCUGAUUUGAUUCUUAAGAUUGCACAAUGAUAAUAAAAUAAUAAACUUAAUUUUUUUUUUCUUUUCCUGCUUGGCUGGUGGAAUUUUACAUUAGUACUUUUCUGAUAUCAGACUUAGCUCUUUUAAAAAUCUAAUCCCAAAGUAACAUUCAAAAAAGAAAAAACAGUGAAUAAAAUCAUCAAGAUCAGACUGUCCUUACCCCUUCAGUAUUUUAUUCUUGAACUAUUUCCAAAGUCACAUUAGGUAGGACUUAGACACUUUUGCCUUCUUGGAUGUCUUCCUCCAGAAAAAAUUAAAAAUUAAUUCAUUACAACUACAUUUGUAUAAAAUGAGUCUAAUAUUGUACAUAAACAUGUCCUCAACCUAAAAGACUGUUUUUUUUCCUUCUGAAUAUAAAAGAAAUGAAAACAUUUUUAUUGGCCUUAAAAGUAUUGGUGACCGCCGGCCCUGCCUGUAUUCUGAAGGGUAGCGCUGGAAAGCCGGCAGUCGUGACCUUGUCCCUGUAUCACCUAUCUCACAAACCCUAGGGCGGCUUUGCCACCCCAGCCAUGAACGUUGAGCUCUAGACUUAGAGAAUUUAGGAGUGUUGCUUAGAAGUAAUCAUCAUCACGAGAAAGAUAGGAGGCAGUGAUGACUUUUAGCUUUCAUGUAGAUAUGUUUGUUCUGACCUGCAAUUUAUAGUUUGAAACUCAUGCCACAUAUACUACCACUCCUUUUCUUUCUUCAUUUCCCUCAAGCCCCACUACCUGUUUUCCCCCCAGUCCCUCUACUUACCUCUCAGAAUACAGGUACAGGAUGGUUCAUUGAGCAUUGGGUGACAGCAAGGCCAGAAGGAUAGAGUUGACCAGAUCCAUUCGUAUUUCAUGGAAGUUGAUUAGCCUUCUCUCCAAAACUCACUUCCCCCACAGGAGCGGGGUGAGGUCAGUGAUGUGGGCACCGAGCAGGGUCAGCACCUCUGUAGCUGUGUGGGAAGCCGGGCUGUGGCUUCCUCGACAAGCCAGCCUGAGCAGGCCUCCUGCUCUUCGGUUUGCCCUGUUUGUCUUGCUGGGGCCUGACGAGGUGCGCUGGAGGACUUGGGGGAAGUGCUGUAGGCAGGAUGCUCCAGAUUAAUUCUUCACACAGGGACAAGGGGACCUGUGGACACCUGACCACCCGACAUAUAGCUCCCUAGCCUCGGGUCAUCAACAGGCAUUCAGUGGAUGAGUUUCUUAGUAGGAAUUAAGUAAGGGUACCCCACUUUUGAUUUUUUUCACCUACACGGUCCUCUACCAAUAACAAGACACUGUAAGUCCAGAUUCAUACAUCAUGGCAUUUGGGAAAACUUAACUUCACCCAAGCACAAAGGAAAAAGCACAUUUUUAGCAUCAUCUCUAUCAGGAUUAAUAUAAAAUUUAACAAACUUGAUCAGUAUUCCCAGCUUACCAGCAGUUAAGAAUUUUCUUACAGAUUAAUAUCCUAUUUUGCAAUAUUUCCAGAAAAUCACUGUGGAGAAUAAUGUCAUAUACUUUUAACUUACUCAAAUCCUGACCUUUUCUCAAAUGGUUUUAUGUGUGCUGUUCUUCAAAACUCUUUUCUCUGUUUCGACAUUUGCCCUGUAAUUUGUGCUUUCCAGCGUUUUCUGAAUCUUGUAGGCUACCUUAAAUUCUUUCUGGAACAAGGCAGAGAAUAAAUAUGUUAACCCCCUAAAUCAGGAGAAAAUAAAAAUUUCCCAGAGAAGCUGUGAUUAUACCAGCAGUAUACCAAACUAAAUUCGAGAAGGUAAAAUUAACUCAUGGUAUCUGGGUUGUUUGUAUUUUCUUCUUUUGAAUAUAUUUAUGAAUAUAUUCAUAAGAACUUUAAUUUCAGGGAAAAAUGCCUUAUGUGUUAUCUUUGAGGUUUCCUAGAGUAGUCUCUUAGGAUUUAAGAGGAAUGUUAAAUAUGAUUUCAUAGAUUGUACUCCUGUUUCAUAGGUUUACCAUAGAACAUUUGUUUUGAGCUAUGAAUUGUAAAAUAGUAUUUAGAAUCCAGCAUGAUUAAAUAGACUGGUCAUAGAUCUUUAAAUUUAUGGAUUUAAUGUGUAAAUUGUAAAUUGUGUAUUAUGUAUAAGUAUCAUAUAAGUUUACUAUGAUUAUUGAUGAACCUGUUGGGCUGUUGUUUUCCCCAAAUGUUACUAGUGUUUAUGGAUUUAUUACUUUGAAUUUUGGAAUGUUCUGUAAUGGAAUAUAAUGACUUAAACUAUUUUGUACAUUUAAAUAUGAUACCACAUUGUCUAAGUCUGUAUUAAAGAAUAUUGUAAAUAUUAAUGUUUAUACAGCUUUGAAACCUUUUCCUUGAAGUGGUUGAACUCUUCUCCCUGUACUAAACAAUGACAUAAAAUAUCUGAUUUUAAGCUUUGAGAUUUUAGCUUGUGGUAACAACUAAAAGAAAACAUUCUGAAGAUUCUAUAUAAAUAAAAUUUUGG